AUGGCCAACAUCCUGCGGAACUUGGUCCUCAGGUGCUUUCACGACAACCGCCUUAUGGAAGGCCAGACCCCCGAGAUGCGGCAGCCUGGCAGCGGCCUGGGUAUGAUCAACCACCGCCGAGAGAGUCGUAUGGCCAGCCGUAUUCCGGCCCGCGACCAAACGAGUUCCCUUCGACUACCGCACCGCCAUAUGGGGCGCACCCUGCUUUUGCACAACCUCCUCACGAACGCUUCCCAGCAACCGGCCCAUCCUCAACAGCAACCACCGCCGUCAGCAGCUCAUCGGGGCAGGCCGGCCGAGGAGGUUCCCCCUCCGCCUUCAGUCGCGUAUAACGGCGGGCCAGGCUCGGUUGUGUUCGAAGUGGGUCGACCGCGUCCCCAAGACGAUGGCCCGGCUCCAACCGGUCAUCAGAGGGCUUUCCUCGGCAUCCAGGAAAUCAACCGCAAAGGACGAGUCUCUCCGCUGCCGCAAGCUGUUCAAGGCGCGCAACCUCAGUUGCAGGGUCCGGCCGGUGAGCCUGGGAUCAAGAGCGAAUUCGGCCGUAUGUUCUCCGGCAUAGGAAGCGGUGUUCGCGGUAUCGGUGUCUCUAGCCCAGUGCCACCUAGCAUGCAACCUCAGUUCUCAAAUGCGGGCCCGCCGCGACGUGAUGAAGAGCAUCCUGGUCAAGAAGUACUUGCCGACGGCCCCACGAAGCCGAGAGGGAAGCGGAGGAAAGCUAAAGACGAUGAUAGCAAGGGUGAUGAUGAUAGCAACGGUCGAGCCACGCCAGUAGGCCGAGCCAAACGUCCCAAAACCCACGCUCACCACCACCAUCACCAUCAUCAUCAUCAUCACCAUCAUGGUUCGGAAAGAGCCCCUUCGCCCCUUCAAGCGGCAAAUGGACAGCUCAAAGGUCUCAAAACUAACACGCCUAUACCUUCUCCCACACACAAAGACUUCGCUGCUUUUACUCAUCACCACCAACCUCCGAGAUCAGCGCCGGCGCCGUCUUCGAAGACAGCAGCGCCCGGCUCUACUAUUAUCCCAAAACCGAGACAUAAGAUCUCGUCUCAGGCGGUGCUCGAUAGCAUUGCGGAUCGGCCACGGAAACACCUAGGCGACAUCGUGUAUCAGGUGACUUUAAAGCCUACGAAGCUAGAGUCGUCCCAUGCCAAAUUUGGUUACUCGUCUAAUCCGCGCCCCUUGCCUAUGGACGUGAUCAAGGGGAACGAAAAUUCUACCCUGACGGUUAAGAUUCCUCGCGUACACUUAAGCCCGUCCGCGCGCGAGGAAAUUACUUCCCGCCGAGCUGUUUGGGGCACGGACAUUUACACGGAUGACUCGGAUGUUGUUGCUGCAUGUAUUCAUGCGGGUUGGAUUCGAGGCGAGUGGAAUGAUGAUGUGGAUAUCGACUUGCUGGACCUGUACAAGCCUACGACUUCAAAGAAGCAACGUGCGGCACCUGCUGAGCAACACCUCGAGGUAUUGACUUCGCCGCCAGUCACGGGUCCCGUCCGAGUCCCUGCUGACCGAGAUUUGCACGUGACGCUUCUCGUGCUUCCUGCGCUCGAGAAAUACAGUAGCUCAACGCGCUUCGGUAUCCAGAGCCGCGAAUUCGGCGGGACUUAUAACGGACGUAAGUCAAUACACGAUGGAAUUAGCUUUAUGAUCAUAAGUGUGCGCUGGGUGGAUGGUGCAGCGCCCCAAAGCAGGCUUCGCGGCAAAGCGCGUAGGGAACGAAUUCGGAAAGCCAUGAGCGAGGUUAACCGGAGCCAAGUGAUAGAUAUAGGGGAAAAGGAGAUUCUCGGUAAGGUGGCCAUAUCGAGGGAUUCCAGCGCUGGCAAGGAGAAGAGUACCGGGAAGGCGGCCGACGGCAACAGAGAGGGCAAUAAAGAGAACCGCCCUACAGCUGCACUGAAUGGCGAUAUUCUCAUAACAAGCCAAGAGAGACCUGAUGUAGACAUGAAUCCGGACCUGGAUAGUGGGGUUCGGGAGAAACCCCGUUUAACGGACGACCAAAGCGCAAAGACGAUAGAUGCCAUUACGACUGCUGAUGCUGAAGAAGCCGGAAAACAUGGAGUGGGCGAACCUAUGAGUGCUUCUACGUAG